GUGGAGAAAGAUGACAUACCCGGAGUUUUCACUGGAAUAACAUCGCUGAGCUUCAACUGGCCAAGGCAUUGAGGAAACAUAUCCCUGAGUGCAGAGGACCAGUCCACUACAUGAAGAAGUCAGAGUUGAACCCAGAAUCCCUCCACGGUGUUUUGAGUGCUGUUCCUCGUGGUCUGACUCUGGGCCCAUCUCUGGCGAAUGACGGUCAGUUUGGGCUGUGGUGUGUGGGCCAACCACUACAAAGAGGCACAGUCCUGCGCCUGGAAGAGGAAGACAAUGCUGAGGACAACACAGAGAAACUUGGAGAAGACACUUGUUUAAGUUCUUCCAGGCUGCAGCUGUCAGACCGCUUGUACUGGUUGAGGUUUGCUUGCAAUGCACAAUGCAAGGAGGAGCAGAACAUUGAGGUGCAUGAAGUCAAUGGAAAACUGUGCCUGCAGGCCUGUGCGAAUGUCAGCCCAGGCACUGAGCUGCGGUUUUGGCUAGAGGAGAAUGAGAAUGAGGACGUUGUGGAAUCAGGCACGUGUGUGGACAGGUCAGCGCUCGGACCAGAAGAACACAGCCAGGAGGAAGCACACUCCAUAUUAGGAGAUGAGGAACAGCCGCCUCUGAACAGCAAAGAGCAGGAAGAGUUAUCUCCAGAGAAUGAGGGCCUGACUGGGGACGAUAGAUCCACGGCAUCACUUCCUCUGAAGAGCCCCAAAGUCUCACCCGCACCGGGAAAUGAAAAGAAAGACACCGGCAAGGUUCCAGUACGAACAAGUAAACUUCAUAGCAGACGGAAAAGGACACCACUACCUACCAAACAGACCUGUCACUCAAAAGAAGAUGAACAAGGCAUUUCAGAAAGUAACACUACAGAUGGUGUCAAUACACAAAUUGUUGAAGCACCCUCCUUGAACUCUAAUCCGCUAUCUGAACUUACCACAGCAGAAAAAAGUCAGACUCAGACUGUAAGAUCCAGCUCCCGCCUUGCGUCAAAGCCAAGGAAGGUCCACACACUUGUCAGUCGUAUCCACAAGCGCUUGCAUGAACGCAAGGUAAGGACCCUGCAGCAACAAGUGAAAGAGGAAUUGUCUGAAAAUCGCACAGACAAUGGAAAUGCUGCACAGGAGGCAGGUUCGAAAACCGACGAUGAGUUGAAGGAAGACACAAAGACAGAUUCUCAGAUAUCAAACCCCAACCCGUCCCAGCUUAACGUGCGGGAGAGAAGAUACAAAUGCGACCAGUGUGACAAGAGCUUCUUUCAGCUCUGCCACCUGAAGAAGCACAAGUUCACCCAUUCGGACCUGAAACCCUACUUAUGCACGGAGUGUGGCAAAAACUACAGCUCUCAGGAGAGUUUCCGCGCCCACCUCCUGAUGCACAGAGGCGAGAGGCCUUACAAGUGCCAACAGUGUGACAAGCGCUAUGGCUUAAAACGAGACCUCAAGGAGCACGAGGUCUUGCACACUGGGGAGAAACCGUUUGUUUGUGACAUUUGCGGCAAGGCCUUUGCUCGCCGCCCCUCCCUCCGCAUCCACAGAGAGGCACACAGGGCCAAGGAGCUGAACGUCCAGCCUCCGAAGAUCAAGUGUCCAGAGUGUGACAAGGAGUUGGCCAACUCGGGCUCUCUGAGGAACCACAUGCGGCUUCACACGGGCGAGCGCCCGUACCCGUGCCCGCACUGUGGCAAGACGUUCCGCCAACGUGGUAACCUGCUGGGCCACCUGCGCAUUCACACGGGCGAAAAGCCUUACAAGUGCGACUACUGCGAGCAGUGCUUCUCACAAGUGCCCGAGCUUCGGCGACACCUCAUCUCCCACACUGGGGAGGUGUACCUCUGCACCGUUUGUGGAAAGGCGCUGAGGGACCCCCACACACUUCGGGCCCACGAACGGCUACACACCGGCGACAGGCCUCACAAGUGCAGCGUUUGCGGCAAGGCCUACACCAUGGCCACCAAGCUGAGGAGACACAUGAAGUCACAUCUGGACGAGAAGCCUUACAAGUGCCAGGACUGUGGCGCGGGCUACACUCUCAUGCAGAGCCUCAUCCGUCACCAGCUCUCUCACAAGAAUAAACUGGACGAAACACUGGAGGAGGCUCAGGAGACCAGUCACGCAGCCCCGGUUAGAGGACGACCUCGAAAGAAAGCACAGAGGUGUGUCAUGAACACGUGGGGCAUGGACGCUGAGAAAGCCUGUGAUGGCCCAACACUGAUGUACGUCCAGGCUGUUCAGGAGCUGGCGGUGGUUCCUCACACUGAGGAGGUGAUUCUCAGUUCUGGGGACUUCCACGAGGGCAUGGUUCUGAUGGAGAAUGGGACUGAGCAAGGUGCCAGCAGAAUCCAGAUAAAUGAGGAUGUCAUUGAGAUAAUUGUGUCUGAGUCGCCACCAAAAUGCGUAAUGCUACAAGAUCAACAAUACCAGGAAGUACAUAGUAAUAUUGUGAUUCUACAGGAAGAGGAUGCACUCCAUUCUGUGGCUGAAACUAUUGAAAUAGAAUCAGGAUUGUAAUAUAAAAGUGUAUUCCAUGUAAGGGUGCAAAGAUAUGUCCAUUCCUCCUAGCAGAUAAGAUAUACCAUUGUUUUUUGUAAAGUUAGUAUUUAUGAAGGUACAAGUUGUGAAGUUGUGGUUUACUCUCUGAUACUCCCUGAUCCUUUCAGCUGUGAUUGAAGUGAGUUGAAUGCCAAUAUUGACAUUGGUGAGUUGAACCUUGUAACUUCAGAGUGAAAUGUCUCCUGUAAAGCGCAUAAUGGAAUUGACUCAAUGAAGAAAAGAAUGCAAAGGCUUAAAUUACACAAUAUAUACAACAUAUACAAAUAUUUUGUCUAAGGUUUGACUGAUUGUUCCUGUUGCUAUUUUGGAUUUAGACAAACACAGUUUUACGCAAUUUUACAGACAGACCCAGAUUACUGUACAUUGUGGACUUUUUUCGCUACUGUGCUCAUUUUGCUGUCAUAAAUUCUGGAUCUUAAUUCCCAGUUUCAUGCCGAUGUUUUUCUACCAAUUGCGUCUGCAGUUCUGAUACGUACUGAACUGAGUCAUGCACUACCAGCCAUGAGUUUUUCAAUAUUUGGCAACAAAUAUUUAGAUGUCCAGGACAAGUCAAUGACCAACCAUUCAGUUAACGCUUUGAUGACUAAGCUGAGUAAAUGGCUAGUUUUUCGUGUUAAAGUGAAGACAUGUAAACCAGUACCAGUAAUGUGUUGUGAUGGAUAAUACUAAAUACUGCAAAGAGUCAGCUGGAAACCGGUUUGAAAACUCCUUGCUGAUGUUAAAACAUUUUUAUGAUUAAAUGGAUUUGUUGAUUAAAUUUGAAAAUUUCUGAAACAAUAAACAGAUGACAUCACAUCA